GUUCCACCCGGCAAACCUGAACUAUGUGGUGAGCGCGGGGCUCGAUGGCAAGAUGGUUCUGACGGAUACGGUUGUGCAGAGAUCAAAUCGCGAUUUCGGUGAUGGCCGAGGCCCCACUUACGUGCCUUGCGUGCCACCAAUCACCAGUCGUGGUCGGCGUAGGCACCAUUGACGGCGAUGUGCUGGUGUAUGAUCUGCGAGGCUCGAGGACUCCGCUGUGGAAGCACAGGGUAGCGACACGCAAGCCCUUGGUCAGUAUUGAUUUUGCGUUUGAGCAGAGCGCGAUGCCAGUGGCGACCGGGCGGCGGCCUAGUGGGGUGACCAUGAGGUCGUCUGUGAGGAAAAGCGGCGGUAGUUCUGAUGACAGUGGGAUUGGCAGUGAUCACAGGCGUGCGAGGCCAACAGCGGCUCCUCCGAGUAGUCGGGUUGUGGGCCGUGAGCCUAGAGCUACUGGUACUAGGUCGACCGAACCCACGCAGCGUGACAGCGUGAGACCGCCUCAUAAUCCGGCGAUCAAGGCUCACCACCGCCAGGUUCUGAACCAGCUGCUCGAGAGUGCGCAUAAGAAGGAACCGCGGUCCGAGCAAUGCACUUGGAAUCACGUCGCGCCAAGAGACCGAGGAGUUUGGGAGCCCGGAGAACGCUGUGCAGCACCAAGACGACGAUUUGGAGAGCGUUAGCAUGAUUGCCAAGGAUCGCUCGUUCAUGGAAAUGCUAUCACCACCGAAGCCUAUGGCCAGGGAGCCGGUACGCGCGGACCACAGAAAGGCAUUGCCAGUGGCUCAUGGCCACAUGAAGUAUGCUGAGGAUCCCGACCUUCCGGUACAGCACGACGAGCUAGAGCAGAUGCAUGCUACAGGCCCAGACGCCGACCAGCACCAUUUGGAGGAUUUCGACGACGAAUUUGACUUCAGUCCAGCUGAGCCUCUUCGCUACGCAGAGCCAGCGGAAGACGAGGCGGCAGAGGAGAGGCACGAUAUGGGCGAUUCGAUGAUGGAAAUGUUUACACCGGAGCGCGAGAAGCAGCACAUUGUCCGCGGCCGCCGUGGCGAGAUGGACGAAUCGCCGCGGCCCGACAAGACACCAUCA